AAAAAAACCAAACCAAAAACAACAACAACAAAAAAAACAACACAAAAACAAUUCCUCAAAUGCCUCAUGCAAGCAAAACACCCAGGAAUCCCUAAUUUCCACUGGAAGUUGCUUGCCUUGUUUUGCUUUCUUUUUUUCUUUGCCUCCUUGCUUGCCAAAUAACCAGUUCUCCCUGCACCCAUUGCUACCCAGGAGUCGUUAGGGAGGGAAAGACCAACCUGAGCAAACAUUUCCUUUUGCUGCAGCGUUACACAGGCAUUGCCCUAAUGGGGUAGCUGGGGCCAUGAGUCACCACAUGGGAAAUCUGGGUUGUUUUAAAGAAAAUGCAUCAUUCUAAUGAUACCAUGUGUUAUAAUAACCCUAAACAAUUCUUGCAUAACAAGAGGGGUAGAAAUGUUUAAUGCAUAAAGCUUUGGACUCUUUAUAUGUAACUAUAAGGGAGGUGAGAACAGAAAGGGGAGAAUGAGCCCUGAAAGCUGAGUGCUGUGCAUCCCCCACUCUUUCUGCCCUGUACCCCCUUCCUGGCCCCACAGUUACCACCCGGCCCCAGGGGCUGUCUUAUCGCCAGCAUCACAGAGCGGGGCGGCAGCUUCACGGAUGGCGGAGGUGGAGAUGGCAGGGUCCCUGGUCCACCCCAUCGUCAUCGAGGGAUGGGAGGAAGGAGGAGUUACAUUCCCCAGCCUUUUAAUCCAGUCAUGCUGGUUCACCUACAAAGCUGGGCAACCAGGCAGCAAUCUUCUUCACAUGCAGCUGCCGUCCCCAGCACACCAUGUCCCAGCGCCAGGUCGUGCAGAUGUCUACCAGUCAUGCCAGCUACGGAGUCUGCGUACUGGGCAGUGAGGUCUUCCUUGACACCCACCGAUCUACCCCUAAAGGUGCCACGUCAUUUGAUGUUCAUGCCACAUCUGCCGUCACAGUCCACAUCAUCCACAGCCCCAUGACAAAACCCAUGCUUAACUCCAGAUGGCCACUGGAUCCCGAUAUAGAGGUUGUAGUGACCAUUGGUGUCACCAGCAAGACUGUCAAUGACAAUAAGGUUAAGAUUUCAUACUAUGGACGGGAAGAGAAUGAGAUUUCAGUGGCUUGGUUGUACCUCACCUGUGUAGAUAUAUCCCUGGACGUGGACGUGAACCGUAAUGGCAGAGUGAGGAGCAAAGGGAAGGACAAGGCCAACUGGACAUGGGGACCAGAUGGGCAAGGGGCCGUGCUAUUGGUCAACUGUGACAAGGACAGCCCCAACAUGGUGGGGACAGACAGCAACCAGGUGGACAUACAGACCCCUGCAGACCUGCAGGACAUGUCUGUGAUGCUGCUGCGAACUCAAGGUCCUAGCAGUAUCUUUGCUGACUACCAGCUUGUCCUACAUGUCUCCGAGUCAGAUGCAGACAAGGUGCGGGUUUUCCAUGCUAUCCGGAGUGACUCACACCCCCAGUACAAACCCGUUUUGGGACCAGGCAUGCUCUCCUGCACACUAGACUGUGUCAGAAGUGGAGAAAACACCUUCUACGUGGAAGGGUUGGCUUUCCCUGACGCAGGUUUCUCUGGGUUGGUUUCUAUCAGUGUCAGCUUGCUGGAGGUGCCCCAUAAGGUACGUGGGAUCUACCCCAUCCCUGACACCACAAAGUCUCCACUGAGGUUACCAACCACUUCUCCUGGUGUUUUGCCCUUGCAGUAUUCUCCUGGGACCCCCAUUUUCACGGAUACAGUGGUUUUCCGCAUGGCGCCCUGGAUAAUGACACCCAACACCCAGCAGCCCCUGGAGGUGUUUGUCUGCAGCAUCAAGAGGGGAAUCAACUCCAAUGAAGUCUUUCUGGAGGAGCUCCAAGCCCUGCUGAGGAAAGCCAACUGCAAGAUGACCAUCUGCUCCGAACUUGAAAGCCGCAGUGACCGCUGGAUCCAGGACGAGCUGGAAUUUGGCUACGUGGAGGCACCACACAAGUCCUUCCCUGUGGUCUUCGACUCUCCCAGGAACAGAGGCUUGAAAGACUUUGCUUUUAAGAAGAUCCUGGGCCCUGAUUUUGGUUACGUGACCCGCGUGCCCCGUGGAUGUGACGCCUGCAGUCUUGACUCCUUUGGCAACCUGGAUGUGAGCCCUCCAGUGACAGUGCGAGGCAAGGAGUAUCCUCUGGGACGUAUUCUCAUUGGCAGCCCCCUGCCCUGGGCCUCCGGACGUCGGAUGUCGAAAGUGGUCAGGGACUUCCUUUACGCCCAGAAGGUGCAGGCGCCAGUGGAGGUCUACUCAGAAUGGCUGUCUGUGGGCCAUGUGGAUGAGUUCCUCACCUUUGUGCCUGCAUACGACAGAAAGGGAUUCCGGCUCCUCUUGGCCAGCCCCAGUGCCUGCUUCAAGCUCUUCCAGGAGAAGCAGAGGCAGGGACACGGCGAGGCCACGCAGCUUGUGGGUAAGACAAUGGGCAAGGAUGUCCCCGUAUCAUUGGGUGCCAGCAAUGUCCUUCACCAAUGUCCCCAUAUAGGGAUUGUGGGCAGUGAGCGGAGGAGCAUUGAUGACAUCUUGGCAGAUGAAGGGCUGAGGAACGACAACAAACAUGUGCAGCGCUGCAUCGAUUGGAACCGUGACCUGCUGAAGCAUGAGCUGGGGCUGAGUGAACAGGACAUCAUUGACAUCCCCCAGCUCUUCAUCCUGCGGGGUUCCCGUGCAGAAGCCCUCUUCCCAGACAUGGUGAACAUGCUGGUGCUGGGCAGACACCUGGGCAUACCUAAGCCCUUCGGGCCGCUGGUGGCUGGUCAGUGCUGCCUGGAGGAGCGGGUGAGGGCACUGCUGCAGCCCCUGGGGCUCUCCUGCACCUUCAUCAACGACUUCUUUUCCUACCAUGUCCUUUCUGGAGAUGUGCACUGCGGCACCAAUGUCCGCCGCAAGCCCUUGGCUGUCAAAUGGUGGCACGUGGUGCCCUAAGUGCCCAGGAAAGGUCUCUGGUCCUUCCCAAUGGGGGAUUUGGAGAAACUCAAAAUAAAGUGUUUUGGCAAUA